AUGAGCUGCCGAUUCUACAAAGAGCUGGACGCAAUACUCGGUGGCGACCCCACCUCCACUGCGAAGGCCACAAUGGAUACUUUGGUGGCUCACGUGCCAGUCGAGAGUGGACCGAGCCAGGAGGAGGAAAUCUUGGAUGAGGAUGCGGAGGGGGACCCAGAGGCAGAGCUUGACUCGGAGGUCAGAGCUGCAUGCAGCCAGGAGCUCUUUUCUACCCUGGAGGAGGCUAGCCAGUCACAGCUGUCGGAGCUUGGCGAAGAUCAAACAGGAGAGGAGGCCCCUGAUGACGUUAGUAUGACUAUGGCCCAGCCUGGGGCGGUAGUGGCAGCUGCUGCGGGAGUCCUAGUUCUUCUCCUCUACUCCUCCAUUCAUAAAGUUGAUGAGGGCCACCUGGCAGUGUAUUACAGGGGUGGUGCCUUAUUAACCAGCCCAAGUGGACCAGGCUAUCACAUCAUGCUCCCAUUCAUUACCACCUUCAAAUCAGUGCAGACAACAUUGCAAACUGAUGAAGUAAAAAACGUGCCUUGUGGGACGAGUGGUGGGGUUAUGAUCUACAUUGACCGAAUAGAAGUUGUGAAUAUGUUAGCACCAUAUGCAGUGUACGAUGUUGUGAAGAACUACACUGCAGACUACGAUAAGACCCUGAUCUUCAAUAAAAUUCACCAUGAGCUGAAUCAGUUCUGCAGUGCACAUACCCUCCAGGAAGUGUACAUUGAGCUGUUUGAUCAGAUUGAUGAGAAUCUGAAGCUGGCCCUGCAAAAAGAGCUGAAUGUCAUGGCGCCAGGUCUCACCAUCCAGGCUGUGCGUGUUACAAAGCCCAAAAUCCCAGAAGCCAUCCGAAGAAACUUCGAACUAAUGGAGGCUGAAAAGACCAAACUGCUCGUAGUAGCACAGAAGCAAAAGGUUGUGGAGAAGGAGGCGGAGACGGAGAGGAAGAAGGCUCUCAUAGAAGCUGAGAAGGCGGCUGAGGUGGCCAAGAUUCAUUAUCGACAGAAGCUUAUGGAGAAGGAAACAGAGAAGAGAAUUUCUGAGAUUGAAGAUGCUGUUUUGCUAGCAAGAGAGAGAACAAAAGCUGAUGCAGAAUAUUACACGGCUCGGAAAAUGGCUGACUCUAACAAGCUGAAACUCACGCCAGCAUAUCUGGAGCUGAAGAAGUAUCAGGCCAUCGCUGCCAACAGCAAGCUGUAUUUUGGUAACAGCAUCCCCAGCAUGUUUUGGGAUUCCUGCACCUUCAAACAUGUGGCUGUGAGGACCGUGCCAGAAGCCAGCCUCCUUUCAAAGGAGGAUCCUGCACUCUCUGGGGAAAGCCACCUCAAAAAACCAGAGAGCACAGGCUGA